AUGACUCAUCAUUAUUAUGAACUUUAUCGUAGAAGCAGUAUUGGAAUUGCUUUGACAGAGUCACUUGAUGAUUUUAUUCAAACGGGUCAAAUUACUCCACAAUUAGCCAUGAAAGUAUUAUUACAAUUUGAUAAGAGUAUAACAGAAGCUCUUGAAACUAAAGUCAAAACUAAAGCAACAUUCAAGCAAGGACAUCUUCAUACUUAUCGAUUUUGUGAUGAAGUAUGGACUUUUAUAAUCAAAAACCCAAACUUUAAAUUAGAUCAAAACGAGGCAAUACAGGUUGAUAAAAUUAAAAUUGUAGCAUGUAAUUCAAAGAAACCUGGUGAAGCAGAAAAUAAAAAUUAA